GGACCUGGGUUUCUGAUGAGUAUUGCAUACCUGGAUCCAGGAAACAUUGAAUCUGACCUCCAGUCUGGAGCUGUGGCAGGAUUUAAGAUCCUCUGGGUCUUGCUAUUGGCCACCAUACUUGGCCUCGUGUUGCAGAGGCUGUCAGCCAGAUUAGGAGUAGUAAGUGGCAUGCAGCUCGCUGAGGUCUGUCGCAGGCAGUAUCCCAAGGUCCCUCGAAUUGCUCUGUGGCUAAUGGUGGAACUAGCAAUCAUUGGCUCAGACAUGCAGGAAGUGAUUGGAUCAGCUAUAGCUAUUAACCUGCUGUCUGUUGGAAGGAUUCCCCUGUGGGGCGGAGUAUUAAUAACUAUUGUAGAUACAUUUUUCUUCCUCUUCUUGGAUAAGUAUGGUUUAAGAAAACUGGAAGCUCUGUUUGCAUUCUUUAUUGCAGUUAUGGCUAUCACGUUUGGAUAUGAGUAUGUGACUGUAAAACCAGACCAGCUACAGCUGCUGAGGGGGAUGUUUGUGCCUACUUGUGAAGGCUGUGGAAGCAAGCAGCUGCAGCAGGCAGUUGGCACUGUUGGAGCAGUAAUCAUGCCCCACAAUAUCUAUCUGUAUUCUGCCUUGGUCAAGUCCAGGGAAGUGAACCGAGCCAAUAAGAAUGAAGUGACGCAGGCAAAUCGCUACUUCUUCAUCGAAGCCUGCCUGGCUUUGUUUUUGUCGUUUCUCAUCAACGUCUUUGUGGUCUCAGUGUUUGCAGAAGCUUUUUAUAAUCGCACCAACGCACAAGUGCACCAAGUGUGUGCAAACAGUAGUAGUCCACAUUCUGAUCUCUUCCCAAUCAAUAACAACACUCUCAGUGUUGAUAUCUAUAAAGGGGGCGUUGUGUUGGGCUGUUACUUUGGUGCUGCCGCUCUCUACAUCUGGGCCAUUGGCAUCCUGGCAGCAGGUCAGAGUUCAACCAUGUCAGGGACGUAUACCGGACAGUUUGUCAUGGAGGGCUUCUUGAACCUCAAGUGGUCGCGGUUUGCCCGUGUGGUCUUCACGCGGACAAUCGCCAUCACUCCCACCUUGCUGGUCGCUGUUUUUCAGAGUGUGGACACAUUGACAGGAAUGAAUGACUUGCUGAAUGUUCUGAUGAGCUUGCAGCUGCCAUUUGCACUGAUCCCGAUAUUGACGUUUACAAGUAUGAGCUCAGUAAUGCACGAUUUCGUCAAUGGCCUAGUGUGGAAGAUUAUUGGUGGAAUUAUCAUUCUGAUCAUCUGCUGCAUUAACAUAUAUUUUGUGGUCGAUUACAUUUGGGGUCUGCAGCUGAUGGUGUUUUAUAUUGUGGCAGCAAUCGUGGCAGUCGCCUAUCUGUGCUUCAUAUCUUACUUGCUGUGGUUUUGCUUGGUAGUGAUGGGCGUCCAGUUCUUGCGAUGUGGACGCGCAGCCAACGCUGACAGGACAAUGAUUCCAGACGAUCAAACCGAGACAUUCCGUCAAUUGGGAGCGGCGUGUUCAGACGAGAGCACCUUCCAUUGAGGAUUGUAUCUGGGACUC